AUGACCCUUAUCUUCAACGUAUCGAUAGCUGAGAAAGAUGCCUCAACAAGGGACUGCCGGCUGAUACAUUGCGAACCAGCAGGGAAACCCGUCCUGUUUAUAGAUGGCUUGAACAAGCCCGAGGCAAAUAAGCGAAAACAAAUCAGAAAAUAUGUUAUGCUCGGCAAAAACCGCGGCAAGACUCGGAAACCCCAACCUGUUUCCCCAGAUGAAUCUCACACAGGCUUAGUGCAUUCUGACUUGGUAGUUGAGAUGCACUAUCCUGCGGUACCUAACAAAGUCGGCGACGAGCUAUCUUUCACACGAUUCGCCGCGCCCGUGGCACCGCAGCUAAUGCGGGACAUUCUAAAAUUCUCAUUGAUGGCAAAGAAAGUCAUGUACCCAUUAGAACCUUGCAUCGAGUUCCAUCGAAAAGAUAGAAUUGAUACCUUCUACUUUGAACUGAUGACCUACGACGCGACAUAUCUACACGCCGUGGCAUUCUCAUGCCAGGCCUUUUUCAACCGAGCAUCGUCCCGAGAAACCGCCGAACUAACUCGAAGGAGUGUUUUCCAUCAUUCAGCAGCACUGAAGCAACUUCGAGAGAGACUCUCCAAUCAAGGGGAGCAGAUCAAAUUCUCAGAUUCUACUAUUCUCGUCAUUCUAUCCUUAGCAAUGCAGGCCCAUCUCACAGACGAUUUUGAUACCGCGAAACAACACAUGGAAGGGCUACGCAGAAUUGUCGAUAUGAGAGGCGGCUUGGGCGCUUUCGGUUAUAACUCGAAACUUACCAUGGAAAUGUUAAAAUGUGAUUUGGGAAUCGCACUGUUCAACGGGUCAGAGCCAUUCUUCUUUAGGGAUCCGUCUUUAGAACCCAUGAUUCCCUAUGAACUGGGGUCCUUCACGGUCCAACCGUCGGAUAUACACCAAUCCGAAUCUUGGACUCCGGCACAGUGGAAUCUCAACGCCGACCUAAUACGUGCCUGGACAGUGAUGGAAAGGUUCUGCUCAACGAUAAACUCCGCAAUCAAUCGGAAUCGCCGACUCCAAAAGGAAAUCUUGCUGAAUACCAUGGCUUCAGUCAUGUACCGUCUGCUUGAUAUGAAAGACUUUGAUCCGAAUUCUCUAAACGAAGCAAUUUGUUUGGGUCUGCUUGCUUUCACUUCGCAUACAUUCCUUCAGUUCCAAAAUAUGAAGCCGCCACAGGCAGAGUUUCCCCGAAAAUAUCGAGACUGUCUUCAAACCAUCGAGUGCUCGGCAACAACGGCGUCAGCGAUGCUGUGGCUGCUUACCAUUGGGGCGAUUGCAGUUUUCACACCCACUGAUGACUCUUGGUUGAAGCCUUUGCUGCGAGAUCAAAUGAGGCAUUGCCGAUUUUCUGGGUGGGAUGAUUUGGAAAAUCAUUUGACCAAAUUCCUCUGGAUCAAAUUAUUGCAUGAUGGGCCUGGAGAAAGGGUUUUUAACACAGUGGCCCUUGAGCCGUGA